CCGGCGCCAUUGCUGGAGGCGUUCCCGCCCUGCUCUGCGAGUGCCCUCAGUUGUCCUCAGUUCGGCCGCCAGAUAUGUCUCUGUAGAUCUCCACUCUCUCCAGAGAGGGGAACCCAGGGGAAGAGAUUAUGGCUGCUGUGGUUUUUUCAGUUGGACCUCUGAGUCCUGAAGUUUCCCAGCCGGAUGAAGAUCUUCGCCUUCAGGCAGAAGAACCAGAAUUGGUAAAGGAAUCAGUGACAUUUAAAGAUGUGGCUAUAGACUUCACAUUGGAAGAGUGGAGGUUGAUGGACCCUACACAGAGGAACCUGCACAAAGAUGUGAUGCUAGAGAAUUAUAGAAAUCUUGUCUCUCUGGGGCUUGCAGUUUCCAAACCAGACAUGAUAUCUCAUUUGGAGGAUGGAAAAGGACCAUGGGUGGUACUAAGAGAAAUUUCAAGAACCCCCUAUCCAGAGUUGGAAACCAAACCUGCAACCAAGAAUGCUAUACCAACAGAGGGUGUUUCUGAAGAAGAUUUAUCACAGGAGGCCAUAGUAGAGAAGCUCACAGAGAAUGGUCUGUGGGACUCCAGAAUGGGAGGAUUAUGGAAAUGGAAUGACAGAAUACUGAGAUUGCAAAAUAGUCAGGAGGGUCAUCUGAGUCAAAGAAUAGUUACACACAAGAAAACUCCCACUGGUCAGAGAGGCUUUAUAUCUAUUGUUUUUUCAGAACAAGGAGUUAUCACAGAAGAGCCCUACAGCAAAUGCCAAACACACAAGGAAAAUUUCACAGAGAAUUUAGAUAUGAUUACAGAUACCCUUUUGGGGAAGAAAAUUUGCAAUGAUACAGAAGGCAGCAAAGCCACAAGGCCUACUUCAGAACUUACUUUAGUGAAAAAACCCAAUAAUAAAGAAAAACCCUAUAACUGUAGUACAUGUGCAAAGGCCUUUCGUUAUAGGUCAUUACUCAUUCAACAUCAGAGAACUCACACUAAAGAAAAACCUUAUGAAUGUAAUGAAUGUGGGAAAAUGUUCAGCCAGCCUUCAUAUCUUAGUCAACAUAAAAAAAUUCAUACUGGAGAAAAACCCUAUAAAUGUAAUGAAUGUGGAAAGGCCUUCAUUGCUUCUUCAUCACUUAUGGUACAUCAGAGAAUUCAUACUAAGGAGAAACCUUAUCAAUGCAAUGUCUGUGGAAAAUCUUUUAGCCAGUGUGCUCGCCUUAAUCAACACCAGAGAAUUCAAACUGGAGAGAAGCCUUAUAAAUGUAGUGAAUGUGGGAAAGCUUUUAGUGAUAAAUCAAAACUUGCAAGACAUCAGGAAACUCACAAUGGAGAGAAACCCUACAAAUGUAAUGACUGUGGGAAAGCCUUUCGGAAUAAAUCAUAUCUUAGUGUACAUCAGAAGACACAUACUGAAGAGAAACCAUAUAAAUGCAAUGAGUGUGGGAAAUCUUUCAAGAAUACCACAAUUUUUAAUGUUCAUCAGAGAAUUCAUACUGGAGAGAAACCCUUUAGAUGUAAUGAAUGUGGGAAAGCCUAUAGAAGUAAUUCAAGCCUUAUUGUACAUAUAAGAACUCAUACUGGGGAAAAACCCUAUGAAUGUAAUGAAUGUGGGAAAGCAUUCAAUCGUAUAGCAAAUUUCACAGAACAUCAGAGAAUUCAUACAGGAGAAAAACCCUAUAAAUGUACUGAAUGUGGGAAAGCAUUCAUUAAUUAUUCAUGCCUUACUGUACACCACAGAAUGCAUACAGGAGAGAAACCUUAUAAAUGUAAUGAAUGUGGAAAGGCCUUCAUGCGUUCUUCAUCUCUAAUUAUACAUCAGCGAAUACAUACUGAAGAGAAACCUUACCUAUGUAAUGAAUGUGGGGAAUCUUUCAGAAUAAAAUCACACUUAACUGUACAUCAGAGAAUUCAUACUGGAGAGAAACCAUAUAAAUGUACUGAUUGUGAGAGGGCAUUUACCAAAAUGGUAAAUCUCAAGGAGCAUCAGAAAAUUCAUACUGGAGUGAAACCCUAUAAAUGCUAUGAUUGUGGAAAAUCCUUCAGGACUAAGUCAUACCUUAUUGUACAUCAGAGGACCCAUACUGGAGAAAAACCAUAUAAAUGCAAUGAAUGUGAGAAAGCUUUCACUAAUACAUCACAGCUUACUGUGCAUCAAAGAAGGCACACUGGAGAAAAACCCUAUAAAUGUAAUGAAUGUGGGAAAGUUUUCACAAGUAACUCAGGCUUUAAUACCCAUCAGAGAACACACACUGGAGAGAAACCAUUUAAAUGUAAUGACUGUGGGAAAGCAUUUAGCCAGAUGGUACAUGUCACAGAACAUCAGAAAAUCCAUAGUGGAGAGAAACCCUAUAAAUGUGAUGUCUGUGGAAAAGCCUUCAGGAGGGGUUCAUACCUUACAGUGCAUUGGAGGACACAUACUGGAGAAAAACCCUAUAUGUGUAAGGAAUGUGGAAAAGGUUGUAUUACUCUAUCACAGCUAACUCUACAUCAGAGAAUUCAUACUGGGGAGAGGCCCUAUAAAUGUGAGGAUUGUGGAAAAGCCUUCAGAACUAACUCAGACUUUACUGUACAUCUGAGGAUGCAUACUGGAGAAAAGCCCUAUAAAUGUAGUGAAUGUGGAAAAGCCUUUAGGAGUAGUUCAAGCCUUACUGUACAUCAAAGAAUACAUCAGAGAGAAACUCAACUACUAUAGAGAACAAUGAAUCGUUUAUCCAGAUGUCAGCUCCACAAGAACAAUCUUAUAAACUGUAUAUUUUAUGAAUGUGGGAAAACUUUUAGGAGCAAUUUGCUAGAAAAUAUUCACUGAAGAGACACUUUAUAAACAUAAGAAUAUGGAAAAGCAGUUAGUCAUAUUAAAUCUUAGAAGUUAUAAGAAAAUUCAUAUUAGAGAAAAUAAUGGAUAAAUGAAAGCCUUCAUCCAGAUUUCAUAUUUUAUUCAUUUAACAAAUUAUCUCCAGUGAAUUGCAUGUAUUUUUUGCCUAUUUUUCUAUUGAUUUGUAUUUCUUAAAAAUCUGGAGGUGCUGUUUAUGUAUUUGAGUUAUUAAUUCUUUGUCAUGUGUGUUGCAAAUGUUUUUCUUAAUGUAACAUUUGUCUUGAUACUUUUUUAUAUAGUUGAAGUCACUACAUAUUUUAAUUUUCUAUAGUAAAAUAUUUACAUCUUUUUCUUUUAGAUCCUUGAUUUACUCUUUUAGUUAAAAGGGUCUCCUUAAUCCCUAGGUUAUGCAUAGUCUCCUAAACUUAUUUCUAGGAUGUGGAAAAUUUUAUGUUUUACAGUGAAGUCUUUAAUCUAUCUGGACUGUAUAGCUAUUCAUAGAAGAGCAACUCCAAAUCGUCGUUAACCUAUGAAAAUAUUAUGAACCUAAAUAGUACUCAGGGAAAUGCAAAUUAAAGCAACCAAUGAGUUGUUGCUUCCACCUCAUGGAGUUGGCAAAAAUUAAGAGCUCUUUUGCUAGCGGGGUUGGGAAACCAUGUACUCUUACGAAAACGUUAUAGCAACAUAUUUCCACCAGCAAUCCAGCAAUAUAUAUUUAAAAUUUUUUAAUAAAAUUUUAAAGUAAAAAUGCUUUGACCAGCAGUCUCACUUUUGGGAAUCUGCCCCACAGAAAUAACAGCAUCAUUACAUAAGAAUAUACGUAAAGAAGGGUGGUUGUUAAAGUAUUGUUUAUAGAGGCAAAGAAGAAACCCAACUGGAGACAAAGUGAAUGCCCAUUAAUAGGGGAAUGGUUAAAUAAAUUAUAUAUCCAUACCAUGGAACAGCAUGAGAGUAAUUUUUAAAAUGAGUUAUAUCUAUACUAUUUGACUUCAAGGUAUUUCCACAUUUUUUUAAAUAAGUAAUUGCUUUAUGACAGAGAUGUAUGUGUAUAAGAUUUCAUUUUUGUUAAAAUGAUCACAUCCAUUUAUGUAUAUAUGUGUGUAUGUGAUUAGAGAGCAUGGAAACAAGUAGAGAAUAUACACCAGGCUGUUGGUUACCUUUAAGGGAGGGAGAAAAAGAAAAAUAGGGAGAUAAGGGGGAGAAAAGACUGGGAAAAUAGACAAGUGUAAGUGCAGCAUGUAUGGUAUAAAACUCUAUGUAAAACUAUGUGUGAACUAUUGAGAGUCAUGAAUGAGGGGAUUGUCUCCAAAAAGUUAGUGAUGGUUGUUUCAGAGUUGGUGGAGUAUCUCAUGUUUUUGUUUGUUUGUUUGACUUUUCUGUACUUUUCUGUAUUUUUAAGAUUUUCUUUCCAAUGAGCAUGUGAUAUUUAUAUAAAUAGGAGAAAACUAAUUUUCUUGUGAAGUAAUUUAUUGGACACCUGUUACGUACUAGGAAUUACCCUAGGUGCUGGAUAUACAUUGGCUGGGGAGGAAUGGUCAUGGAUCUAAGAGCAUGGGAGUUGGUUCUGACCCAGCCCUUUACUCCCCCGACCCUCUCAGUUUCAUUUGGAGGAGGUAGUAGAAAUUUCAGACAGAUGAAAAAUGUAUCCAAGAAUAUCUGAAACUUGUGUCCAGGCUAUAAACCAGAAGACUGCAAGCCUCAGAGAGAAGUUCCAGUUUCAACCUGGCACCAAAGGAAAAGUCAUAAUGGUGAAAAGGUCUGUGUACAUCCUCACAGAACAUUGCAUGAUGAAGUAUAGAGAGGCAAAACAGCCAAGGACUCCCAAGUCCAUAAAUGAAGGCUUGGAAGUUCUGGGAAUACUAAGAGAGUCCUGGAGUCAAAAUGGGAGCCCAGAGGCUGUGGCCCUAAUACCAGAAGGCCCCAUGGGCCUGAUAUCCAAAAAGACAAGCCACAAUAAGCUACGCUUCAGGAGAGAUUUAAGGAAAGAAAAUCGUAUACCCCUCCCACAAUGCUAGGAUAAGUGUUUAGUAUUGGGAAGGGGAAAUUUAUUAACUAUUACCGGGAGACUUAUUUUCUUUGGAUAUAAUGUACCACUUUCUGAUUGGAAAGUUCGAGGGUCAGACUUUGAAACACUACCCGUAAGAAACCCUGCUGUCAAACAGUUGACAUGACUUGAUGCCAACUCUAUUGGCAGCUCCUUUCUACCUCCUAACCCUCACCACACCCAAACUCUGCCUCCCAUCCCUGCCUUAGAGCCAAGCAUUUCAAAAAGAGGAGCAUGGUCAGCAGGUUCAAAUAACGUAAGAACUGAAACGUGUCCAUUGCGUUAGAGGAUGGAGAUGACACAGGCCACCUUUACUAGAGCAGUUUCAAUGAGUGGUAAAAUGCCAAAGCCUGGUUCCAACAUGUAGUGGUAUCUCAUUCUAGGUUUAAUUUGCAUUUCUUUAGCAGCUAAUGAUGUUGAGUCCCCUUUUAGAUGCUUGUUGGCUUUUUGAAUAUCGUUUUUGGAGAAGUGCCUAUUCAAGACUUUUGCCCCUUUUUUAGUUGGGAACUUGUUCAUUUGUAGGAUUCUUUAUAUAUUGUAGAUACAAGGUAUUUUUUGAGAUACAUUUGUUACAAAUAUCAUCUCUCAGUCUGCAGCUUGCCUUUUCACUCUCUAAAUGAUGUCUUUGAUGAAUAGAAGUCUUUAAUUUUGAUGAAUAAUUCAUCAAUCUUUUCUUUUACGGUUAGUGCUUUUUGUGCCAAGUUUAAGAAAUCUUUUCCUAACCCAAAGUCAUAAAGAUAUUUUCCUACAUUUUCUUCUGCAUAUCAACUGUUUUACUUUUCACUUUUAGAUCUACAAUCCACCUGAAAUUAAUUUUUAUGUGUGGUGUGGGGUAGAGGUCAAAAUUAAUAUUUUCCAUACAAAUAUAUAAUUUAUUUAACAUAAUUUAUUGAAAAGACCAUCUUCUCCCCUCCCCUUUGGGUUGCAGUGGUACCCUUGUGAUAAAUCAGAUGAUCAUAUUAUGUGACGUUCUACUUCUAGAUUAUUCUGUUCCGUUGUUCUGUUGAACACGAAAUGUUCUUAGUAAAAACAGAUUUAUAGUGAGUCUUGGCAUCUGGUGGUAUAUGUGUUCUAAUUUUGUUCUUCUUCAAAAUUGUCACUGUAAUUCUAGGUCCUUCCUUGGUAUUUUCAUACCCUUUUUAAUGACUUUUUUUCAGUUACUCCAUACCAAAAAGUAGAAAUUAUAAUGAGCAUUACAUCAAAUAUAUAGAUUAAUUUUGGAAGAAUGGACACCUUAACAAUAUUGAGACAUCCAAUUUAUGAGCACGUACACCUUUUCAUUUAUACACAUCUUUUCAUUUCAGCAAUUUUCCAUAUUUUUUCAAUAUCGAAGUUUUGAACAACUUGUUAGUUGUUAAUGUAUUUGAUGUUUUGAUGUUAUA